AUGAUUCGGACAGUUGUUGGCCAUCCCCACAUCAUUACCGAGAAUUUCGAAGAUAUCUCGACUUACUUCGGCUUGAUUAAAUGCACGGUGCUUCCACCUCGAGGUCUCUUCCACCCUGUCCUGCCCUAUCGUAGACAAGGCAAAUUGAUGUUCCCUCUAUGCAAGUCCUGCGCUGAUGCGUGUGAUCAGACCCCAUGUACCCAUUCCGAUCACGAAAGAGCCAUCCAAGGAACAUGGUGCAGCGUAGAGUUAGAGAAAGCCCUGGAGAAAGGUUACCGAAUUCUACAAAUGCACGAAGUAUGGCAUUUUCCCCAAUCCUCCGACGGAUUAUUCAAAGAGUAUGUGGACACCUUCCUCAAGAUCAAGCAGGAGUCGAGUGGUUACUCAAAGAAUUGUACCACGAAAGAACAGAGACAACAGUACGUAGACGAAUACCUUGCAGUUGAAGGAAUACGGUUGGACCGAAGCAAAAUCGAGCACAAUCCAGGUAUGCGUGCGUUAUCCAAGCUGAUGCUAAACUCGUUUUGGGGUAUGUAUUUUAAACAGCGCAAAGUUUUUAGGUGGCAUCCGAGGACGUGCAACGUUAUCGCUACAAAUACUGAUAAAUUUUUUUUUCCAUAGGUAAAUUUGCACAACGUCCCAAUAUGACCAAAGUGGAAUUGAUCAGCGACGUGCAAACGUUUCUCGACUAUCUGACCUCGGACGAGAUCAAUGUUCUCGAUGCAGAUCUCGUAAGCGAUGAAGUGAUUGAGAUCCACUAUGAAAACAACGAAAAUUUCGUAACGCCAAACUCCAAGACCAAUGUGGUCAUUGCCGCUUUUACCACCGCCUAUGCACGACUCAAGCUCUACGGAGUGCUGGACGAAUUGCGAGAAAGAGUGUUGUACUACGAUACGGACUCUGUGAUAUUUGUCAGCAAACCGGGGGGACAGGAACCCCCAAUAGGUCCUCAUCUCGGUCAACUCACGGAUGAAUUGAAAGAAGGACACAUUACAACCUUCAUUUCGGGCGGACCGAAGAAUUACUGCUAUCGGACCAGUUCCAACAAAGUGGAGACGAAAAUACGCAGUAUCACGUUGAAUUGCACCGCAAGGCAAAAAGUGAACUUUGACGUUAUACGCGAAUUAGUACAUUUGCACGCAGUAGGUAAAGUGAACAAUACGGUGACGGUUCAUAUCCCGUACAAGAUCACGAGAAACACAAAGACAAAAAGCAUUGAAACGAAACGUACGAAAAAGGACUACAUGAUAGUUUAUAAUAAACGUGUAAUUGUAGAUGAUUAUAAAACAUUACCCUAUGGGUAUUAACUUUGUAAAUAACAUAAACAGUUUGAAAUAAAUAUUUUUACAAGAUCGCUUGAUCUCAAAGUUAAUUUCUGAUGUUCAGUUUGUGAUAAUGAUCCAGAUUCACCCCCGUUUCUUCUUCCAGUGUCGCGACUUGCUUUUCAUUUUUCCUAGCCAUGUCCCACAUCAAAAUUUCCUUAGCGUUCAUGUGAUAAGUAAAGUUGUUCCCCUGGCGAGCCCGAGGUAGCGUCACACCCGUUAAUGUUUCCAAUAUGAUUUGCGUCAACAUGAUUGAGUGCAAUGUCGGAUUGUCAAUAAGCGUUGCGGGUAUCAUAUUCUUCUCUAUCAAAAGCCUCAUCAAAUCCAAAGUUGCCAAAUUUCCCUCUUGCGUUAAGCAUUUGUCGGAGACCCAGUGAGGUACGAUGUCUCUCCAAGCCAUGUUCGUUUGAUCUGAUCAAAAAUUUUAAAAGGUACUGGGUUUUUAUAGAUUUUGCUCACAUGACAAUUUGCAUUGUGUCCAACAAUGAUUGGACAGCGGCAUCGUGUUUUUAUAGGUUACAAUAACUCAAAGGUCUCGUGUUUCAACGCCCGUCUGUGGUCCACGCAAAAAACGGUUUCCAAUCGUUCGCCGUAUAUUUGAUCAAUUCGUGCACUUCCAUGUCCCUCGAACUUUUAGUAAAAGCUUCCAUGACCUUUGUUUCAGAAGCCUUUUCCAAAGCAUAGUCAAAGUACAAACAUAAUUGUACGUCCCUUUCCAUCGUAAGACAUUGAUGAUGCGUUUGGGACAGAUGCUCUGUCAUGCAUCCGUUACAAUUUUCAACAACAGGCUGAGAAAUGAUAGGAGUUAUUUCUUCAGCUGAAAUUUUCAAAAGUUGCUUUACGAUAAGCUUUUGGCGAUGAUGGAGAACUAAUUCCUUAUUAACAAUGUCGAUAGGCUCAGAACGAAGCAUGUUUGAUCUUCAUUUGACUGUUGACCGUUUCUUUUAAGUGCAAAACGUUUAAAGUCGCAUGUACCUAUAAAAAUCUUUUCAUAGUACAGCGUACGUCAUGGGACACACUGCCAGCAAAAAUCCGAAGAUUAACAAAGAUCAUAAUAAACAGAAAAUGUUUAGAAUCGGUAUAAGUGUUGGACGAAAUGAUCUCAAUGUUGAGGGACAUUUACAGGCGGGAUACAGCAGUAAAACGAUUAAAAACUACAAACCCGUUGAAAAUACUUUGACAAAGAACAAACCCCUUGAAAAUACGCUGCCAAAGGAUGAACCCAAUGAUGAACCCAAAACGUUGAAGAAUAAAGCGAAUCCUUCUUUUCACUUGUCAACAUGGACGAAUACCUAUCUAGCGUGUAUUACGAUCCAAAACGUCCUGGAGGAUUUGGCGGAGUGGAUCGUUUGUAUGGUGACGUCAAAAAGGAAGGAAAGUUUGCUAUAAGUCGUAAGAAACUUAAAGAAUGGCUGAUGAAACAAGAUGCGUAUACGUUGCAUAAACCCAUGCGUCGUCACUUCAAACGAAAUCGUGUCAUCGUAGGCGGUAUCGAUCAGCAAUGGCAAAUGGAUCUGACAGACAUGCAGUCCAUGCAAAAAUUUAACGGCGGGUAUCGUUACCUGCUCGUGUGCAUCGAUGUCUUUUCCAAAUAUGCAUGGGUAGUCCCGUUGAAAAACAAAACGGGUCCAAUACUGGUCGAAGCUUUCAAAGUCAUUUUGUCGUCUGGACGCAAGCCCGAAAAGAUCAUGACCGAUCAAGGAACAGAGUUUUUAAACAAACAUUUCCGAGCGUUGAUGAAAGAAGAAGACAUCGAACUGUACAACACGUACAACGAAACGAAAGCUUCUAUCGUGGAACGUCUGAUUCGUAGUCUGAAGACCAAAAUGUGGCGUUAUUUUACGGCCAAGAAAACCAUGAGAUACGUGGACAUGUUACCCGAUUUGGUUUAUUCUUACAAUCAUAGUGUUCACCGCAGCAUAAAAACAAAACCCGCGGAAGUAACUGCUGAAAACGAAAGUAAAGUAUGGCACACCCUGUAUGAUCAUGACGCCGUGAAAAAUGUAAAGUAUAAGUUUAAGUUUAAGAUUAAUGAUCAGGUUAGAAUUAGCAAGAUGAAACGAACGUUCGAAAAAGGGUACUUGCCAAAUUUCUCAAAAGAGAUCUUUAUUAUAAGGAAGCAAAUACCUCGUGAUCCUCCAGUGUACAAACUAAAGGAUCUGGACGGUGAAGAACUCAAAGGAACGUUCUACGAGAAAGAGCUGCAAAAGGUGAUCAAAGAAGAUGACGUGUACGAAAUUGAGAAAAUCUUGAAGAAACGUGGACGUGGCAAUAACGUACAUUAUCUUGUAAAAUGGUUAAGGUACCCAAAUAAAUUUAAUUCAUGGGUAUCCGCUCUGACAUAAAUAACAUUUAAACCGUUGAACGUGUUGUCUGUUUGUUAUUUUCAUUUGUAAUUCACAAAGAGCGGAACACAUUUUUACCUCACGCUUCCUAGCAAUGCAUUCUCGGAUAUCUCUCCCGAUAACAAGACGACAAGUUAUCGAGUCAAAUUACCUCAAGCUAUUAAUUUGAGUGGCGAAUGGAAAGUGGGUUUGUAUUCAAUAAACUGACCUCGGACAUGAUACACUCUUGGUAAUAAUUUUGAUACCCACAUUUAUUCGAUUAUGGCUUUUAUGAAACAAUGCCUGAUUUAAUACCCACAUUUAAUCGAUUAUCGCUUUUAUGAAACAACGCCUGAUUUGGUGAAAUCUGUUAAUAAAACUUUGGCAAAAGAUGUGAGCGAUAACAUUAAGUUGACAUUCAAUGUUCGUACAGAAAAAGUUACGGUCCAUUUAAAAAACAAACAUCAAUUGGUUGUGACUAACAAAAUGUCAAUCGUGUUGGGAUUUGGUGGAAAAGAAACGAAAAUAGUGAAAACGACAACAAGUCCUUACGCAGCUGACUUACAUGGUUUCAUGGCGAUCUAUGUAUAUUGCGAUAUUGUGCAACUUCAAAUUGUCGGAAAUGCCAGUGACAAAUUACUCAGAAGUAUUCCCGUCCAAGCAAAGUUGGGUGAUGUCAUUACUAAAACGUUCACGAACAUACAAUACGUUCCAGUUCAAACCAAAUCCUUUCAAGAUGUGGAAAUUGUUUUAAGGAACGACACAGGCGAUCCAGUGCCAUUUGAACGUGGGAAGGUGAUAGCGACACUACAUUUCAGACAGCGUAGUUAUUUCACUUGAAAAGAUGAAUAAUCCUUACGUACGCUAUUAUUUGGAUCACCAGCAAGGGCACGGGAUGCCUGUUUUCUCAGGUAGCCCUUGGCAAGCCGGAUAUGGCCACCAGAUGGGCGCUGGCCACCAGAUGGGCUUUGGAAUCGGGGGUCUGUUUCGCAGCGUGGCAAGAGCGGUGAUGCCCAUGGUGAAAAGCGGAGCAAAAGCUCUCGGUAACAUUGCCUUGAAAAGUGGCGCUGACUUUGUGGGUGAUGUUCUUUCCGGUAAAAACGUAAAAGAAGCAGCAAAAGCACGAACCGUGGAGGCUGCAAACGUUGCGAAAAGAAAAGCUAUAAAUAAACAGAAGAGUCAAACAGGAAGUGGAAAACGUACGAAGGGAACAACUAAAAAGAGAAAGGUAUCAACAUCUACAGCCAGAAGCAACAGACCAAGAAACGGAAAACAGCUCAAGACAUAUUCGAUUGAAGCAUGAAUUUCGUACAUUCUAAGUCGCAAGAAUGCACAAAAAGUGAACUCGAUCUAUUCUGUGCCUCCGACACAGACCAGUUUAGAAAAAGGACAUUGGAUAGAUCAUCAACCUGUUUCCAGUGUAGCUGAUGGAGGUUCCAUUACGUUCCUGUCUCCAGGCACUGAAGAUUACGUCGAUCUUGCUAAAACAAUCCUCGUGCUGAGAGCAAAAGUGACGAAAGCUAAUGGUGCAAAUCUCGACGCAGGCGAAAAGGUUAGGCAUUUUUAGCUCUUUAUAAUUAUUAUACGGAGCCCUUUUAUUUGUAAAUAUUAAGUUAUCAAAAUUUUCAAGAGUGUAAUAAAAAAUUGUUGUUGUUAAAGGUUGGCGUUGUGAACAAUUUCCUACACAGCAUGUUCAAACAAGUUGACGUCUUUCUGAACGAAAAGCAAGUCACUCAAGCUACUGGAACCUAUGCGUACCGUGCUUAUCUGGAAACCCUCUUGAAUUAUGGCCCCUCGGCAAAAGAUUCCCAGCUCACCGCAGCUCUGUUUUACAAGGACUCUGCGGGCACAAUGGACGUCGCAAAUCCUACCACAGCAGGUGACGCAGACAACUCGGGUCUUAGAGCAAGAUACGUCUUCAGGAAGACAAGUGGAAUUAUUGAAAUGGCUGGACCUAUAUUUAGCGAUGUAUUUACGACCGAGCGUCUCCUGCCGAGUUACGUAGAUCUGAAAGUUAUUUUGAAUCGAAGCAGCAACGAGUUCUGUCUGAUGGCCUCCGAGGACGAUGUUGAUUUCAGAGUGAAACUCACCGACGCCUAUCUCAAGAUACGUAAAGUGAAAGUCAGUCCGAGCAUUUCCGUGGCCCAUGAAAUUACGUUAAAAAAAGGACCGGCCAUCUACCCCAUUCGUCGCGUCGAAUGCAAGAGUUUCAUCGUUUCCGCAGGCAACCCCUCCCUGAGAAAAGACAACAUCUUCAAUGGACUUGUACCGAAAAUGUUUGUCUUCGGAUUGGUUGAGAGCGAAGCGUUUAAUAACGGUGCCUUCAAAAAGAAUCCAUACAACUUUCAACAUUUCGAAGUGUCCUCCAUUGGAAUAACCGUGAAUGGUGAAGAAAUGCCAUUUAAACCCUUGAAGCUUUCCUUUGGUGCAAAUCCUAGAUACAUCGAAGCAUUCAGCACGCUGUUCUCUGGUACGGGGAAAAUGUAUUACAACACUGGGAACGACAUAUCCCGAGAAGAAUUCCCUAAAGGUUACGCCGUUUACGCCUUUGAUUUAACACCUGAUAUGUGUGGUGCAUCUCCUCAUUUUAACGUCGUGCAAAAAGGAAACCUGGUCAUUGACAUCCAGUUCUCCAGAGCGCCGACAGUCGCAGUGAGUCUCGUGUGCUACGGAGGUUUCGAGAAUACCAUUCAUAUCGAUUCUGAGAGAAACGUUGUCUACGAUUAUUCCGGUUAG